AUGACGGAUAGAUACUCGGCUAUAGCAGAAGUGGAACAGGCUGGUUCGAUAGUUGAUCUGAGCACAAAGUCUAAGCAGCUGAGGCUGUUAGCUCGCAAUCCACAGUGGCUGUCGAACUUUGAUAAGGAACCACUUGAACGGAUCGUUGCACUCUUGUUGAAAUCGGAAGACCGGGUCGUCGAGCUGGACCUCGUUGCGACUUUAGCGAAUAUACUCUUCAUGAAUGCGAACCUAAGAAAUGACCCAUCCCCAAGUGGCCUUUUGAGGACGAUCCCAAAGCUGUACGCAAUGCUCGAUCUUGUCAGUGAACGUAGAUUCAACUCAGAGUUACAGUACCAAAACUUCCUACCAAUUUUCAGACUAUACUUCUUCUUAACACAGAACAAAGUGAUCUUACCGGCACUACAGCAAUCAGUCUUGAAGAUUAGUGGGAAACUACUCAAUUUUGUGACGCUUUCAUCACAGGAUUCCAGCUCACUCAAUAACAUCAUAAUGGAAAUCCUGAAGAUAUUAUACUCAGACGUUCAUCAGCUAGAGGAUACCACCGGUAUUGAUUCUUACUAUGUGUUGAGUUGUAAUAAGUUCAAUCUGCUGUAUGCCAAGCUGACAGACACAUCCAACGAUUACGACCAGAUACUGGAGCAUUUUGGUAACGUUCUUGUUGCAAUUUCCACAGACAUUUCAGAAAACUACAUGCUAAAUAAGGCUUUGUUUGUACGAAACCAGGUGAAGCUGUUAAACAAAAUACUCUCUAAGCCAAUUUCAACGUCUUUGGUACGAUACUUACUUACGUUGGAAUUACUGCUACAAAUUGAUAAUGGAGAAAGUGGAUUGGAGAAGUACAUAAAGGACAACCUGAACUUUGAUGCCUUCCGUUCAAUCCACAAUGAUCCACAUCUACCGGUUGUGUUGGCUGACUUGGAACACAAGCUACAUAGUUCCAUGGAUUUGACGCAAAUUUUGGAAAAUAGUACAGAGUAUCAACACAAGGCUCACAGCCAACCAAGUGGAGAAACGAGACCAAGGUUUGAAGACCUUUCUGAAGAGGAACAGGAUAAAGAGAUCCAAAAGAUGCAGGAUAUAUUUGGUAAGAUUGAAAAGAAUGGUGUUUUCAAUAUCCAGAUGAACUGA